UGGGAGAAAUUUAGUUUCUGGCAAAACGUGAUCAAGUGCGCAUCGUUGCUGCGCGCGUGUGUUGUCUCGCACGGUUUUCGGAGACGAGCAAACAAUCUCGAAACGGCGCGUCGCUGCUUCGGGCCCGGGAGUUUUUGCUCGUUGUUGUUUAUGUGCGCGUUUCUCGUUCGGGUUCCUCGUGUUCGUGCGUGCGUGUGUGUGUGUAUUCGUAUGUGUGCAUGUGCGUGCGCGUGCCAAUCGGGUUGUUUUUUGGUGACACGAGUGGAAAGUUUCUGAAUUUCCACACCCACGCAAACCAUAGCGAGAAAAUAUUCACCAGUUUACACUUGGAGCCGAAGAGUUUGUUUUGAUACCAACAACAACAGUGUUCUGCAAUAAAACACCAACAGAACCACCUAGUGAACAAGGCAACAGUGAGUGUGAGCAAGUGAGCAAUGAGUUGCAUCGUGGUCGAACCAAGUGAGAGCAAGUUGAAAAGUUAAGAACGCAAGAGCGAAGAAAUGUGAACGAAAAAUCCUCGCCUACUAGAGAACUUCUCCGGGAGCGAAUAGCAGCAUCCAGUUGGCAGCAUCCCAGUGUGUCCCGACUGCCUAGCAACAAUACGCGUACGCGUGGAUCGUUUUGCAAGCAUCGAACGAAACGCGGCUUUGGUGGAACAGUCAACCCCGGUCAGCUUUUUCCCGCUUUCCCGGCAAACGAACGCCGGAAAAAGAAAACAACAACAUCAUCGUCGUGCCGGUCACGGAAUCGUCGCGAGGACCAACAACAAUCGCAGGGAGCGAGAGAGAGAGAGAGAGCAUAGGAGCUUGACCAAGUUUUGAUCUGUUUCGGUGUACUUCAAUUACCGGGUUUCCUUGUUAACUUAGGAUUUACUAGCUCCUAGGAAUUCUGGCCACAAGUUAUUUUUGUGCUGCUUUGCGUUUAGCCUGGUGGGUUAGAAUCUGUUUAGCGUUUACCGUUUUUUGAUGGCAAUGUUGUUAGAGUUCUGUUACAUUCGUUCUUGUUUCUCAGUUCGCGUGAGUUUGUGUUAGUUAGUGUUUGGUGUGCGAGUGACAUUCGUAUGCAACCGAAAGGAGGAUGCACAUCAGUUCCAGAGCUCUCGUUCAAGUAAUGCUGUCAGGCUCAUGGUCAAGCUAGUGAAGACAUUUUAAGACCCGGACCCGGAAGGUAGUAAUGAUCCCAAGGCUGACCUAAGGAACGAUAAAGCACAUUAACCCGCAAACGCCGGGUGUCCUCGAUUGCGUCUGUCGCCAACCUGACAACGUCACCGGUGAAUGUGUCCGGUUCCUUCAGGCUAGUGACCGGGUGUCCUGCCGCGAUCGUGGUGUUGACGGUGAAAGUGUACACGCCGGACAGGAUCAUGUAUCCCGCCGUGCAUUUGGCGCCAAAGGAUAUGACGUCCGGGAUGUCGGCAACGGCACGAUAAAACCCGUGCGCAAUGGAAUCGACCUGAAGGUGGUGUUGCUGGUCCACAAAAAGGAAAAAUGAUGCUGGAUAUUUAUGUGCUUCGGUAGUGAAUGUGAAUAUUAGCUCGUUAGUGGAGAUCGUCCUUAUCCGCUGCAAUUGAGUAGUUGAGAAACCACGAACGUAUUCGAAGAAAAGUGCUGCAAUCGUAUUACCGAAUUACCGAAUUAUUAUUGCCAUUGUGCCAGUUGGAAACGUGUGUGGGAAAGUAUACAAGCAAAGCAACACGCCCGUGCAUACCAGGAAUAAUGGCCGCAUACGCUCAAUUUGGCUACACAUAUCCGCCGGCAAGUCAGCUGCUCGUUAGCGGAGGACAGACGACGACCGCAAGUUCCCAGUCACCGAUCUCCGCCACGAACGCGCCCUCGCUUAGCCCCGGCGGGUCGGCCACCGGGGCACCGUCCGGCGCCCUCAGUCCCGGUGCCGUCUCGCAAACCUCUCAGAACAAUGCGUCCCUCGGUGGGGGUGGUGGCGGCGGUGGCGGAGGAGGUGGUGGAGGUGCCGGUGGCGGAGGUGGACCGACGACGUCCUGCUGCGAGAAUGGCCGUCCGAUCAUGACCGAUCCCGUGUCCGGCCAGACCGUCUGCUCGUGUCAGUACGAUUCGGCAAGGUUAGCGCUGUCCGGGUACUCGCGCAUUCCCACCGGAAGUGUCGGUGUGUACGGGACGCCUUACCCCUCGACGGAGCAGAACCCCUACCCGAGCAUCGGUGUGGACAGUUCCGCCUUCUACUCCCCGCUGAGCAAUCCCUAUGCAUUGAAGGACAGUGGGCCAACAAGUGAUAUGACAGCGUGGACUUCCGCCGGAUUGCAGCCUACGACGGGAUACUAUCCGUACGAUCCAACCUUAGCUGCCUAUGGAUAUGGGGCCGGAUACGAUCUGGCCGCCCGCCGGAAGAAUGCAACCCGCGAAUCGACCGCAACGCUGAAGGCGUGGCUGAACGAGCACAAGAAGAACCCGUACCCGACCAAGGGCGAGAAGAUCAUGCUGGCGAUCAUCACCAAGAUGACGCUGACGCAGGUGUCCACCUGGUUCGCGAACGCCCGACGGCGGCUCAAGAAGGAGAACAAGAUGACGUGGGAGCCAAAGAACAAGACGGACGACGAUGACGAUGCGAUGGUUUCGGACGACGAGAAGGACAAGGACGACCUCGAUCCGGACAAGGGUGGUCGUGAUCAUAAAGACAUGCACCACCAUCAUCACCACCAGCAUCACGUCAAGUCCGAGCACGACAAGGACGAGGACGACGAUGACCUGACGGACGACGAGCGGAAGCCGGAAAACUUAAUGGGGCAUCCGGGACAUCUGGGGCAGCAUCAUCCGUACUACCACCAUUCGAUGCUCGGGGGACACCACCAUCAAACCCAUCUUCAUCAGCAGCAUUCGCUGCAGCAGCAUCAGCAGCUGCAACAUCAUCCGCAUCACGGCGGUUUGCUGAAGGGCGAUAUGGACCAUUCAAAAAACCAAACGGGCAGCGACUGUGGUGUGCCGAUUCCAGCCUCAAAGCCAAAAAUCUGGAGUCUGGCCGACACAGCCGCUUGCAAAACGCCACCACCACACCACCUUCCGCUCCACCUCCAGCACCAGCACCUUCAGCAUCAUCCGCACCAGCAGCAGCAGCAGCAGCUCCAGCAUGCGCAUCAGCAACACCAUCAGCAGCAGCAACAAUCGCAUCCUGCGCAGGGUCUGCACGCUUCUUGGAUGACCGGUACGAGCGCCGACUAUCACCCAAACCAACCGCAGCAGGCCCAUCAUCUGCAGCAGCAGCAGCAGCAGCACCUUCAGCAACAAUCCUCGCAGCAUCACCUGCAGCAGCAGCAGCAUCAUGUGCAGCAGCAGCAUCAGGGCAACAGCAAUGGGGCGAACAGUAUGAUGAUGAUCGGCGACGCCGGUUCGCCUAUGAGUAUGAGUAUGGGAAAUACCACCACCAGCAACAGCAGCAACACCCCGCCCAACAAUCACGGUAUGGGGGGGAGUAUGGCCAGUGGUAUGAUGAACAGUUUCGCGAGUACCCCCUAUUCCCGCUAUGGGGGGUUUCUAGCCGGAGCUCAACACUACAAUACUACCCUCAACAACAACAGCAGCAGCAACCACAGCAACAGCAGCAACAGCAGCAAUACCAGCAGCAACCACAGUUCGACUACGGGCCCGGUAUUGAACCACCCUACAACGCCAACCUUGCAACAGCAGCAGCAGCAGCAAGGCAACAGCCUCCAGCAGCAGCAACAGCAGCAGUCCCAGUCUAUGAACAGUACCCCGUCCCAGCAGUCGAUGGGGUUUCCCGAGGUCCAGACCGACACGCCGCCCCAAACUCCACCGAAUAUGAAGCUGCCCAGCAUGGCGGGGAACCUUCUUACAACCCCUACGACCGGUACCUGCUACAGUAGCGCCAACGGUUCCACGCCCAAUCCGACCGGUGUGAAUGGCAGUAGCAACAACAACAACAACAACAACAACCCGUCCACUGUUAACAACAACAAUGCUGGCGGUUCUAGCAGUGGAUAUGCGUCCUCUCCCGACUCGAUGUCACAGCAAGGUGCCGGGACACCGUCGGGAAGUUUCUACCGAAUGCAACAACAGCAGGAACAACCGGAUGGCUUUAAACCGUUCUUCAAGAAUUCAUCGCAAGUCGGAAACGGUUACGUAUCGCCGGUUUGAACCAGCUGCACACCUACGACCUACGAACCCCGAGGAUCUCACGUGGAAGCAUAAGAUUACGAGUAAAGUACCCAAGCUGUCCAACCACCGGAAUACUGGAGCAUAAGACAUAAGACGAACAUCACAGCAUAAGACACACGAGAGCUUGUAUCGAUCGGUUGCGAAACCCUGCGGAAUGGAGCUGGACCCAAAAUCCUUCAGCCGGGUGCGGCUUUGCCAGUCUGUUUGGGUUUUUUGUUUUGGUUUGACGACUCCGCGUGCGUCUGUCGCUUGCGCCCGCUGCUGUCAACGAAUGUAUGAGCGACAAACUCACCGAAACAUUUGGAGAACAUUAUCCAUCAUCGCCGGAGGAAAUUGCACAAGCUAUCAAACAAACCACAGCAGCAGCAGCAGCAGCAGCUACUACACGACCACCGCUCAAACACAGUAUACGUUUGGAGAAUGUUCUUUUGCCGGUUCGUACGAAACUCCACAGUAUUCCAUCUGAUGAUUGGAAGAAUUGGGCAUGCUGGAUGGAGUUGCAACUACCCUGCGAACGUAUACGACACGACUGCGUACCUAAUAUCCACGAGAGAGAGAGAGGGAGAGAACGUUCUUCAUCAUGAAGCAGAAACGCAAGAUACAAAAAUUCGAAAGCGAGGACGACUAACGCUCGUCAAACUAGGCAAAGGACUUACAGAGGCAUUGGCCAUUCAAAAAAAUAGAAGCGGGCCAAGUGCAACUAAACAAACACCGGCAUACGAAAAGAAAACGAACACUCGGUGUCCUCAAUACUAAUCGAAUGUUGGGGGGAGCACGAUGAACAGAGCGAAGAAUUAUGUUAGAGCCAGAUAUCGGGCUAGUUGUUCUGAUAGGAUAAAGGAUAAUACGUGCAAUUUUAUACGAAUACAAGCAAAUGCCGUUCCAUGCAGGAGCUAGGAGAUGUAGAAGAAUUCCACCGUUCGAGAGCGCAUCAUUCGAACAUCGACUCCUCGUUUACAAAAGUCUCGCAGCUCAGUUAGAAAAGCAAAAUUUUAUAAACCAACACAUCUGACACAGCUUUUGAGCAAGAAUCGAAGCGUUGAAGGAAAAUCGAAAUCAUUUUUUUGAAAGCUAACAGUUCGCGGAGAGACGCAUUUGUAAUCUGUGAUAAAAAGAAAUACAAAACAAUGUGAGGAGAUAACAAAACAACCAUGCAACCAGGAUUGCAAAAACUAAGAUGGAGUUCAGAAUUCUGUUGCAGAAGAUGGGGUGCAGUAAUAAUUUCAUUAACGAUAGCUGAUUUGUUUUGUCCUGACCUCCACACAGAGCUGUUCUGGAGCUGUUAGUGUUGGAAGGAACACGAAAAGGGACAAUUGUAUUAAAAACAAAAACUGAAAACGAAAUGGCCGCGCGAAGAACAUACGGUGCAUAAAAAUAAUAACAUUUGUACUUGCACAUCCACUAUCGGCAUCGUUUGCGGUUUAGAUAUGUUAAUGUAUAGAUAAAAAUUAAACCGUGUAAUCGAGAUACGAACUGUGCGUGGAGUUUGGCGAAAACAAGGGACACACCACUUCCACGUGCAAGAGCAAUGAAACCCUGUAAAUAGUUAGAAGAUUUGCAAACCCCGUCAACAGCAAUUGAUUUACCAGAUAACGCGAGGUGCGUUGAUAACAAUUAUCGGCGUAUUAUCGUCCGCCACAACGUUGUUGGCAGAGGCGUGUGUAAAUAGAAGGAAAUCAAUCCGCGUAAGUCGGUAAGGGAUAGUUUGUGUGUAUGGGUAAUGUUGUAUAAAAGAGAGUAAAAACGGGAAAACCGAUGUGGAAGUACGGAAGGCCGUCGUUCUGAUAAGGAAGCAAACAGAAAAAAGGGUAGAACAAAUUAAUUUAGAGUCAAGAAUAUUCUUCUGUUACAAACAAACAAACUAACUAACACGAGCGCGAGCGCGUAACGCACACGUACGCUGCCCGUUAGUAUUGUAAAGCUAGCUACUUUUAUACAGCUGUACCGCACUAGUAAACGCAAAACAACACACACACACACAAAGACAAAACAAAAGCAUCUUGGACUACUAGAAAGGAUGUGACGGUGGAAAACAUUUCACACACGGAUGGGGUUUCCUUUUCGUGAGCGUGUUUUGUGCAGUUUAAGUGAUUUAAAGAAACCAGCAAACAAAAAGGGUAAUAGUAAAUAAUUUUGCAAAAAACAAUCCUAAAUUCAGCCCAGACACAUGUUCCAUUCAAAUACACUCAUAUUACAAGCAAGCAUCAACACACAUCACCAUAGAACAAGUACAACCGAUCUCGUAUCAAGCACAGAUGGUAAUGCAACAGCAUUCAAGAAGGAAGCAACAACCCCACAUACACACGCUCGAUGGAAGGAACGGACACAUAUUUGCACGAUAGUAUUACGCACGUUUGAAUCGUUCGGAG